GAAAUUUAGAGAACUUCAUUGUAAAUAAGUGGGAGUAAGGGAGGGAGAGUAGUGAAGCGUUCUCCGCGCAAGCGGCGCAAGGAUGUGGCAGGACAGCGUACGGUGCGCAGCCGACAUUCUUGCGUCUGGCGAGGGCGUUCUGAGGUUUUGCAAAAAGGAGGGCUUAGCGUAUAAGGAGUGCCGAGAGCGUCACAACCUCGGCAAGCUGAGUCGUCGAUCGUUGGAACUCAGCGCGGGGUCCUACGACCAGUGGCGGUCCGAGGGAAGCUACUCUCCCAAUGAAACGGGCAGUGACACCAGUAGCGGAGGAGCAUCUUCAACAACUGGUCGUGAUAGAAGUAUAAUUAGCUUUUCUUCGUCUUCCUCUUCGUCUAUUGGGGGUGACUUUCACAGUAGUACCGCGACAGAGGCAAGUGAAGCCGUCUGUUUUGAAGAGAUAGAACAGAUAUCGCGCUGCAGUUGGAACUACGCAUCAGGAUACCUAAUCGAACUUGCAGCCAAGCAUAUAGAGGUACAGCGAAACUGUAAUUUCUACGUGGACCAAUUUACGCGGUGUAAUGAGACGAAGGCUACACCAUGCACAGACGAGACUCUGCAAUUGAUUCAGUGCAGUGCAGAGUGGUUCACUUACAAUCACCAUAAGCUCGGACGAAAUUCGUACUAGUAUGACAGUUGCACACCCACACGAGGACGCCAGUGAAAGGGAUUUCUUACAUUUAGAUCAGAAUUUGUUACAAUUGCUUCUGCACGCCAUUGACAUCAUAGAAAUUGUCAAGAGGGCUGCGCUUCAACCUCCGUAUUCUUGCAAUCUAUAUUCCGAAAUCAACAUGUGUCAGUAUCUUUUAUUCCGCCCAAUACACCGAACGCACAAUGAAUCAAUUAGGACUUUUUGAGCAGUUUGGAGUUUCUCUUCUACGUACUUAGCAAAUUCCCAAAAAGUUGAGACCACUCGCAAUUUGAUGUCAAGAGAAUAUGAUGUGUUCAAUGACUCAACGACCGCAUCAUAUUAGGAAGGGGUUAUCUCUGCUCCACAACUCUCUCGCAAGAGUGCUAUAAACGCUAGUAGUUUUUUGCAUUUUUCUCCUGUGUAAUAGGAUUUUAAUGAAUUAUCGGCAGGUGAUUUUUGUACAGGAACAACGCACGCGCAUUCCUCCUCGCUUCGAU